AUGAGCGGGACAAACAAGUCAAGUGUCUCAGAGUUCUUCCUCCUGGGACUCUCCAGGCAGUCCCAGCAGCAGCGUCUCCUCUUCGUGCUCUUCCUGAGCAUGCUCUUCCUGGCCAUGGUCCUGGGAAACCUGCUCAUCAUCCUAGCUGUCAACACAGACUCCUGCCUGCACACCCCCAUGUACUUCUUCCUCAGCAACCUGUCCUUUGUGGACAUCUGCUUCUCCACCACUGUCCCCAAGAUGCUGACCAAUCACAUACUUGGGACUCAGACCAUCUCCUCCUCUGGCUGUCUCACACAGAUGUAUUUCGUCAUUGAGCUUGCUGACAUGGAUAAUUUUCUCCUGGCUGUGAUGGCCUAUGAUCGCUUUGUUACUGUGUGCCACCCCUUACAUUACACAGCAAAGAUGACCCAUCAGCUCUGUGCCCUGCUAGCUGCCGGAUCGUGGGUCGUUGCCAACCUGAAUUAUCUGCUGCACACCCUGCUGAUGGCUCAACUCUCUUUCUGUGCAGUCAACACCAUUCCCCACAUCUUCUGCGAUGUGACUCCCCUCCUGAAACUCUCCUGCUCAGAGAUUCUUACUGAGGCUGCCCUGGUCAUAAUCGCCCCAUUUCUUUGCGUCCUGGCUUCCUAUAUACACAACAUGUGUGUCGUCCUGAAGGUCCCAUCCACAAAGGGACAAUGGAAAGCCUUCUCCACCUGUGGCUCCCACCUGGCUGUGAUUCUCUUUUAUGGCACCAUCGUUUUGUAUUUCAACCCUUCAUCCUCCUACUCAGCUCAGAGAGAUAUAGCAGCUGCUGUGAUGUUCACACUGGUGACUCCCAUGCUGAAACUUUUUAUCUACAGCAUGAGGAACAAGGACAUAAAAGGUGCUCUUGGAAAGGUGGUUCCGUUGAAAUUUUUUUUCUGUUCAGUAGUGAUAUGGGCUAAGAUAUUCCUAGGAGGAGCUCAUUACUGAGAUAAUCCUAUUAUUUCUACUGUGUGAAACAGCAUUUUUGUUUGUUUAUUUUGAGGUGGAGUCUGACUCUGUCACCCAGAGUGGAGUGCAGUGGUGCAAUCUUGGCUCACUGCA